UCCUCAUGAGCGUUGCUUUUCAUUGUCGACCGAUGCCCUUCUUCCCGUCCUCGUUCGUCCACACACCUGCGUCGACGAUAUAGUACCUGGGUACCUGGAAAGUCGUAAGCCCGCACUGCACUGCUCAUGAACGACGAUAGUGAUCGGGACUCGGCGCUUGGUGAGCAGCAUUCGCCCACCACUACUUCCAUUACUUCCAGCGCAUAUGCCUACAGAUACGAACUAGGCCGUCGCUAUCAUGCUUUUGAAGCCGAGAACUAUAUGCUACCUAAUGACGACAAUGAGGCAGAGCGUUUAGAUCUACAACACCAUGCAUUUCGCCUGACGCUCGGUGGUGCUCUGUACCUAUCGCCAAUCCCCGAUGACGUUCAGAGCGUGCUCGAUGUGGGAUGCGGCACAGGCAUAUGGGCCAUCGACUUUGCCGAUGAACACCCCUCGGCCAGUGUCGUGGGAAUAGACUUGAGUCCAAUACAACCAAACGAAGUACCGCCAAACUGUUCCUUCGUCAUUGAUGACGCCGAAAAGGAAUGGCUAUACAACGAUCAAUACGAUUUUGUGCAUGAGAGGAUGCUUUGCUUUGGCAUCAGAGACUGGUCUCGCAUCUUCCAACAGACUUUCCUACAUCUGAAACCUGGUGGCUGGAUAGAAUGUCAAGAAGCAUGUUUCCCACCAAGAUGCGUUUCAAAUCCAUUACUCACACCUGAGGACUCGCCAUACUUAGAUUGGAGCAAUAGGCUAAUCCGUGCGGCCUCGCUUAUCGGAGUCGACUUGACUGCACCAAGAUCAUUCUCAGAUCACCUGCAAAACUGUGGCUUCGUCGAUAUCCGUGCGCAUCAGUACAAGUGGCCUAUAGGGCCUUGGCCGAAAGACAAGGAGGCCAGGAAGCUGGGUUGCUACGUCAAGGAGAACAUGUUUGAUUUCUUGCAGGCCGCGUCCCUGGCACUGUUCACGAAAGUCCUGAAAAUGUCAAGAUCAGAAAUCGAAGUGCUGCUGUCCGAAGUCAGGAAAGAUAUCAAUGGUAAAGAACGGUUUGUGCUAUCAAUUGGUGUUUGGUGUGCCCGGAAACCACUGGUGGGUGAACACGGCAACAACAACCAUGCCCUCUUCAGCUGGUUGCCAACACCUGGAGCUUUGGCAGUGACACCGGAGCCCGAUGACAACCUCUCCGAACAGCAACAUCUCGACCAAGAAUGAUGGUGCUGACAUACGCAUUCCUUUGUGCGCGCUGGCCGGCAUACAAGGGAUGCAUACAAGCCAUUACUUCACAUGGCUUUUCAACACGGCAGCGCACGUCUACCUGUACAUGCUUACGACCAGUACUCAGAUGUAAUGAUACCCGUCGCAAAAGCCUUCUGCGACAAUCAACAUUAACGCUUUUCUGUCCUAUCUAUUUCCAAAUCCUCGCUUUUAGUGUGGGCGUAUGUAAUUAUGUGUGUGUGUGUAAUUAGGGUUGACGUUGUGCAUUGUAGGAGUAGACGAGAUGGACAAAUCGUGAGC